UAUACCUCAUUAACUAUUCAAAUUCUGCAAUAUAACCGUUAAGCAGUAUUCUGCGAUAUAUUGCAUCUAUUGUAAUUAUACCAAGAAGGGAACCGCUUUUAAAAUCGGAUCUACUAAUGGGUCACCCAGGUAUGAAAGGGUCGGGUAGAGUUUAACCUUGAGAUAUGUCUAAUCUUUUUACCACUAUUUUCCAACUAAUGACCUCUCGAGCCUUCCCACUCCUUUCCAUGAAUAACCUCUUCGGCCAAUUGAAUUAACUAAAAUUAUCUACACCACACUUCUUUGCCUUCGCCCAUUUCCGUCAACGUUCAAAGUCCUCCCCGAGCAAGUUGUGAGAAGUCAGUGCACAUAAAUCCUUCGGAAGAACAACACCCAUUUUACAGACACAAAUAUUCGAGUGCCCAGUCUCUAAUAUUACAAGGUCCGAGAUUCCCGGCAGCAUGUAGAUAAUCUGCUGAAACGAGAAAAAUGGGCGCCGGAGAGAAGCAACCGGGAGUGCCAAGCCUGCCGCCCCCAAAGAAGCGGGUGCAGUUGGAAAGAACCUCGAGUUUACAAGCGGUGGCGUCACCGACGCCGAAAAAGCUGAACCGGAGAACAGCGACGUCACUGUUACUGACGCGUUGGAUAGGAGGAGGUCACGAUCGUUCUUCGCUGGUGAAACAGGAGGCGACCGUAGAGGACGGAUGGGUACCGGAGGAACACUGCAUGGAUUUUGGAACACCGCCACCGGUCGAAGAGCCGCACUGUUACUCGAUGUGCUUGAGCGAAAGCUCCUUUACGGAGGAGUCUAACUACGUGAUAGCGGUCUGCAGGGAGACCAUCAAGGGCAUCCUUACCGAGCACAUGAGGGGUGUCGGGGGGCGUUUGCAGCUCUUCGAGGACGUCGAGUUGGGCCGAAUAACCGACCAGAGCAUCGGACGCGUCCUUGACAGUUGCAAGUCGGUGGAAGCCGAGGCGCUCUUCCUCUACGCAAGCUUCCUUGGCCGCAACGAGCUCCUCCCAAAAUUUUUGGAAGCCGAAGUCGACGUGAACCACGCCGAAGCGGAGCAGGGAUUGACGGCCCUGCAUCUCUGCGCGUUCAGUAACUCCCUGAAGGGUGUUAAGUUUUUGAUAAAAAACGGGGCCCGCGUUAACUCCCGAAAAAUCUACACUCCCUUCCAGUACGCGGCUUUUGGAAACUCCUACGACGUGGCGAAGUUCUUCCUGGACGAGGGUGUGGCCCAGGUCGUACCCAGCGGCGAUGACACCGUUCUCCACUGCGCGGCCAGGAGCAACGCACUCGAGGUCCUGCGGCUCGUUGCUACUGGAAAUCCCGACCUCAACACCCUCGACUGUGCGGGCCUUGCGCCCAUCCACUACGUCACUGAUCGCGACCACCCUGGAUGUCUCGCUGCGCUUCUCCAAGCCGGCUGCCAAGUCGAUGUGACCACCAGGAAGGGCGAUACGGCCCUACACCUCGCGGCCGAGGCCGGCUGCGCCGAGAAUCUCGAAAUUCUUCUGGACCACGGGGCCGAUCCCACCCUGAAGAACCAUCGCGCUCAGACAGCGCUUCAUCUGGCGGCAAGGGCGCACUCGCUAGAGGGCGUCAAGGUCCUGCUCAAGAAAGGCGGCAGCAACCCCAACGACGAGGACAACGACGGACGCACUCCGCUCCACGUCGCACUGGGAAGAUCCACCCUUGCCUUCGACGUUUCGGAGUUCCUCGUCGCCUGGAAGGCGGACGUUAACAAGGCCGACAAAUACGGAUACACACCCCUCCAUGUUGCCGCCAUCAACGAGCUGUCCCAGUGCGUCGACAUCCUGAUACUCAACGGCGCUGACCUCAGCGCCAAGACCAAGGGCGGAACCACCGCGCUCUCCAUAAUACUCAGAAAGACACCGACCUCCCUCAACGUCUUCAAGGAGAAACUCGACAGCUCAAUCGCACUACGUCAGCACGGCUCGGCCACCGGUGAGGUCGAACUAAGGCUCGACUUUCAUCCGCUCCUGCAGCACGGUAGGCAGAGCGAGAUCGGCUACCUGGCCACCUUCAUCACCGAGGGGUACAAGGAGGUCCUCGAACACCCGCUCUGCCAGUCGUUCCUUCACCUUAAGUGGCAGAAGAUCAGGAAGUACUACGUGGGCAGGCUGCUCUUCUACCUCCUCUACGUCCUCGUCGUUACCGUCUGGGUGAUGACUGCGCUUGCUCAUAACUACUACAACGAGAGUCGGGGGGUGUUCGACGAGGGCCGACAGCCCGGUAACAACACGACAACGAGUAUCAUCAACGAGAUAUUGUACCAUCAUCCGGUCGUCAUGGAGAUCGCGUGGUACGCGUUGACGAUACUCACGGUGCUGGAAGUGCUGCGGAAGGUAGCAGGGAUUUCGACCUUCGUCUCUGUCCGGCAGUUCUUCACCCAGGUCGAUAAUCUCGUCGAGUGGUGUGUCGUCAUCAGCGUGUUCGCCAGCUCGUUCAUAUUCACUGGAAGAACCUACAGCUGGCAGAACCACAUUGGUGCCUACGCCGUUCUCUGCGGGUGGACGAACCUUAUGCUGAUGAUCGGACAACUCCCGAUGUUCGGUGCCUACGUCGCCAUGUUCACCAGCAUUCAGGCCCAAGUCAUAAAGCUUCUCAUGGCCUAUGCUUGUCUGCUGAUCGGCUUCACCGCCAGCUUCUGCGUUAUGUUUCCUCAAUCGAAAGCGUUCAGCAGUCCCCACACCGGGCUGAUCAAGGUACUUGUGAUGAUGACGGGCGAGGUUGACUUCGAGAGCCUGUUCUUUCCUGGGAAUGACGACCUUGAGACCAUGGCUAAGUCCAACGGGUCGUCUUGGGUCCUUUUACAGGUUUCGGCUCAGCUCUGCUUUCUGCUCUUUCUCCUCUUCGUCACGAUCGUCCUGAUGAAUCUGCUAGUCGGUAUCGCCGUACACGACAUCAAGGGCCUCCAGAAGACGGCCGGCCUUGCCAAACUCGUCAGACAAACGAAGCUCAUCUGCGAGGUCGAGACCGCACUUUUCCUCGGUCUUCUGCCUCGGCGACUCAUCAGAAUGCUCAAGUGGACGGCCUUCGUUCUACCUCCAUGCCUCAGGGUCGUUCUUACUGUUCGGCCUCUCAAUCCCAGGGAGAAGAGACUUCCGCCCGACGUCCUUGCCUCCGCUUACAGGAUAGCUAGGGACCGGAAGUGCACACCGAUUGGCGGAACUCUUCGCAGCAGGGCGAGUUGCAGUACUACUUACACUUACGUAAAAAGCGAUGGUGACUCAACGCUGAGACGCGAUGUUCACAUCGAAGAUGACGAGGACGACGCGGUCGUCAGGGCGUCUAGUCAGCCGGAAACGAUUCAAAGAUCUUCGGGCGGUGACAUAAGUCAGUUGAGGGAGGAAAUUUUUGAGCUCAAAAAAAUAUGUGACCAAAAUCAGAAGCUCAUUCAAGAUUUGGUAGUCGCCUUGGCGAUGGAUUCGAGAAACGGUUCAGAAGACGUGUAAAGUUAAGAUCACUGACUUGGUGAUAUAUUUUUUAUAAUUACGUCAUGUGAGGUCAACUUUCCAGUGACUGAUAAAAGUGUGCUGAAAAUACUUUACUUUCCAUGUAAUACUAAUAUUAGAAAAUAUUAUCAGUAUCGUAUUCAACAACUCCGUCUGCGUAGGAUGUUUGUAUUACGUAUUGUGAUUCGUAACUGAUUGGUUUGACUGAGCUAAGAUAAAAACCAAUGUCGUGAAUUUAUUUGAUGAUUUUACAAUGAACUUGAUGUAGCUAAAAGAAUCGCAAUUGUCUGAGACGAGCCAUUUAUACUCAAAAGACGUGUCGGCUCGUUACAGCCAUUUCAGGUACUUAAGUAAUGUUGUUCAACAAAUAUUGUAAAUAGGCAUGUAUUUUUGUUGAAACAGAUUAAAGCACGGAAUGGAAGCACUUUUAUCAUA